AUGUCUCGUUCUCCCAUCAAGGUCGGAAUCCUCGGUGCCACCGGCACUGUCGGUCAGCGCUUCAUCGAGCUGCUCGCUACCCACCCUUACUUUGAGAUCCACGCUCUCGGCGCCUCUGCGCGCUCGGCCGGCAAGGAGUAUGCCCAGGUGACCAAGUGGAAGCUGUCGACCCCCGUCCCCGAGUCGGUCCGCAAGAUGGUUGUCCAGGAGUGCGUCCCCGAGCCCUUCAAGGAGUGCGGUGUCGUCUUCUCUGGCCUUGACCACGACGUCGCCGGCGAGAUUGAGGACGCCUUCCGCACCGCCGAGCUUGUCGUCUUCUCCAACGCCAAGAACUACCGCCGCGACCCCCUUGUCCCCCUCAUGGUCCCCCUGGUGAACCCGGACCACAUCGAGGUCGUCAAGUACCAGCAGCAGCAGCUCAAGCUCUCCAAGGGCUACAUUGUGUGCAACGCCAACUGCUCGACGACCGCCAUUGUCGUGCCCCUCAAGGCCCUCGAGGUCGCCUUUGGUCCCCUCAAGACCGUCAUGGUCACGACGAUGCAGGCCAUCUCGGGCGCUGGCUACCCCGGCGUGUCGUCGCUCGACAUCCUCGACAACGUCGUCCCGUACAUUGGCGGCGAGGAGGAGAAGAUUGAGUGGGAGACGAGCAAGAUCCUCGGCGGCGUCCUCCCCGGCGCCACGGGCUUUGACCUGCACGCCGCCAACCCGCUCACCGUGUCGGCCAACUGCAACCGCGUGCCCGUCAUUGACGGCCACCUCGCGUGCGUGUCCGUCCAGUUCGCCGCCGAGACCAAGCCCUCCAUUGACGAGGUGCGCGCCGCGUUCUCGGGCUUUGUCACCGAGGCCCAGACACUCAAGUGUCCCUCGGCCCCCGGCCAGGCCGUCGUCCUCCACGACGCGCCCGACCGUCCCCAGCCCCGCCUCGACCGCGACCUCUACGCCGGCGCGUGCGUCUCGGUCGGCCGCGUCCGCGACUGCAACAUCUUCGACGUCAAGUUUGUCUGUCUCCUCGACAACGUCCGUCUGGGCGCCGCCACCUCGUCCGUCAUCAACGCUGAGAUUGCCGUCGAGAAGGGCUACAUUGUCUAG